UAUGAAGAUUUGUUUAUUUUACAUUUUUUUGUUAUACCUUGUUAGUUCAAUUCAUGCUUAUCAAGUUUCUCAUGACGGAAGAGCAAUUACUAUCAAUGGAGAACGAAGAAUUCUUCUAUCUGGAUCCAUUCAUUACCCUAGGAGCACUCCUGAGAUGUGGCCUGAUUUGAUAAAGAAAUCAAAAGAAGGCGGAUUGGAUGCAAUUGAAACAUAUGUAUUUUGGAAUGCACAUGAACCAUCUCGUCGUGAAUACGAUUUUUCGGGGAAUUUAGAUCUGAUAAGGUUCCUCAAAACAAUUCAAGAUGAAGGACUUUACGCUGUUCUUCGCAUUGGACCUUAUGUUUGUGCUGAAUGGAACUAUGGAGGAUUUCCAGUAUGGUUGCAUAAUAUGCCUGGAAUUGAGCUUCGCACAGCUAAUGGAGUUUAUAUGAAUGAGAUGGAAAAUUUCACACGGUUAAUAGUUGAUAUGGUGAAAGAAGAGAAGUUAUUUGCAUCUCAAGGAGGUCCAAUAAUUUUAGCACAAAUAGAGAAUGAAUUUGGAAAUGUACAAGAAGCUUAUGGUGAUGCUGGCAAAGCUUAUAUUCAAUGGUGUUCUAAUAUGGCUCAAUCACUUAAUGUUGGUGUUCCAUGGAUUAUGUGCCAACAAGCUGAUGCACCACAACCCACGAUAAACACAUGCAAUGGCUAUUACUGUGAUGAGUUUACACCCAACAAUCCAAAUAGCCCAAAGAUGUGGACUGAAAAUUGGACUGGAUGGUUCAAGAAUUGGGGUGGUAAAGAUCCUUUAAGAACAACAGAAGACCUUGCUUAUUCUGUUGCACGAUUUUACCAAACUGGCGGUACAUUCCAAAACUAUUAUAUGUACCAUGGUGGAACAAAUUUUGGUAGAACCUCUGGUGGUCCAUAUAUUACAACCACAUACGAUUAUAAUGCACCACUUGAUGAAUUUGGAAACCUGGCUCAGCCAAAAUAUGGUCAUUUGAAGGAACUUCAUGAUGUGUUGCAUUCCAUGGAGAAAAUUCUUACCAGUGGCACUGUCAACAACACUAAUCUUGGAAAUUCUGUUGCGGUCACUAUGUAUACAUUGGAUGGGAAAUCAAGUUGCUUCUUUAGUAACGCAAAUGAGACCACAGAUGCAACCAUAUCAUAUAAAAAUGUCUAUUACAAUGUCCCAGCUUGGUCUGUUACCAUUCUUCCAGAUUGCAUCACUGAAGUUUACAACACAGCCAAGGUGAAUACUCAAACAUCAGUUAUGGUUAAGAAAUUGAACAAUGCUGAAAAUGAACCAAUUCUUCUCCAAUGGUCAUGGAGACCUGAAACGAUCGAUGAUGCUAUAAUUCUUGGAAGAGGUCAAUCUUCUUUCCAUGAAUUGAUUGAUCAAAAAGUUGUUAAUGAUACUAGUGACUACUUGUGGUACAUGACUAAUGUUCAUAUCAACAAGACUGAUCCAAUAUGGAGUGAUGAUAUGAAACUAAGAGUCAAUGCUAGUGGCCAUGUCCUUCAUGCUUAUGUGAAUGGACAAUAUCUAGGUUCCGAUUGGGCAACAUAUGGAAUCUUCAAUUAUGUAUUUGAGAAGAAAGUUAAAUUGAAUCCUGGCAAGAAUUCUAUAUCAUUGCUUAGUGCUACUGUUGGUUUUAAGAAUUAUGGACCUCAUUUUGAUACAAUUGAAAGUGGUAUCCUUGGUCCAGUUGAAAUAAUUGGUAAAAAUGGUGAUGAGAGUAUCAUUAAGGAUUUGUCUUCUCACAAAUGGUCAUAUACGGUAGGUUUGAAAGGUAUUAAUAAUAAGUUAUUUGAUGAAAAUUCAAAGUACAAUACAGGGAAAUGGGACUCACAUGAUGUUCCAAUCAAUCGAAUGAUGACAUGGUACAAGACUACGUUCAAAGCUCCACUAGGAAAUGCUCCAGUUGUUGUGGACAUGCAAGGUUUGGGCAAAGGAACAGCAUGGGUUAAUGGACAAAGUAUAGGUCGUUAUUGGCCUAGUUAUUUAGCUGAGGGAAAUUGCUCUCUCGAUCCAUGUGAUUAUCGUGGUCCAUAUUCUGCAGACAAAUGUACUUCCAAAUGUGGCGAGCCUACUCAAAGAUGGUACCAUGUUCCACGAUCGUUCUUAUCUAGCGAUGAGAAUACAUUGGUGUUGUUUGAAGAAUUUGGUGGGAAUCCAUCACAUGUAAAGUUUCAAACAAUUGAAGUUGGAAUGGCAUGUGGAAGUGCUUAUGAGAACAAAACAAUGGAAUUGUCAUGCAAUGGUAGUCGUAUAAGUGCUAUUCGUUUCGCCAAUUUUGGUGAAACGGAAGGAAGUUGUGGAUCGUUUGGCAAGGGAAGUUGUUCAAGUGAGCAAGAUGUUGUUUCUCUUGUUGAAAAACAAUGUGUUGGAAAGGAGAAAUGUUUAGUUCAAGCAUCUGAGAGUGUGUUUGGAAUGACCAAUUGUGGUAAUAAGGAGAAGAAACUUAUCGUGGAGGCUGUGUGCUAGUUAAGAAGCUACACUUGCACAUUGUUCAUAUAUUAUGUUUUCUAUCUAGUUAUC